CUGUUAUCACGAUUCACGACACCGCCUGUUCUUCCUCCUAGCCCUCGCAGCGAGCAAACCCUAGGUUCCCCCCCCCCCCCCCCCUUCUCUCUCUCUCUGCGGGCGGCGGCGGCGACAUCUCCCUGAUGGCGGACGGGGCCAACGAAGACGGUGGGGGUUCGGCUGCGGGGGAGCGGCCCAUGGUUGCAAUCAAGCGCAAGCGGGAGAAGGUGCCUGGGCUUGCCGAAGAUGGAGAUUCUUCCCCUUCUAGCGCUAAUCGAUCCGUCGACAUGGAGGUGGAGGAGAAAUUAGAUUACUCUUGUGCUGGUGCCGAAGAAGAUGUUAGUAGUGGAUGCAGCAUUGAGAUGGAGGAUGUGGGUGAGCAGCGGCAAGUGGAGCCCACAUGGGAGGAUAAGGUGCUGAGGGUUCUUCACAUUGUUCGUCGCAAUCAGUUUGCUGAAUAUGACCCCAAGGAAGGUGGGAUCGUAUACACCCGCUUCUGCAUCCACAACAUAGCCUUAUUCGAUCUUGACAAAGAGUCAACGAUUGGGCCUGGGCCACCAAUUAACUCGCUCGAUCCCUCUGAAUAUUGGUGGCUGGAUGACUCACUGAAUAUCAUAGCGAUCAAGGUUGCCGAGUCCGACGUGGGUUACCCUGUCAGAAUAUAUGGCACCGUUCUUGCGAGGGAUCAGCAAGACUACAGAUGCGUCUAUUUGUUCAGGCGAAGCAGGGACAAUCCCCAACUCAUCACCUCACCGGAGGAUAGUCUAACCUUGACAGGCCCAUAUCGAGCACUUGCUUCAAAAGAUAUUAUAAUUUUCGAGUUCAAUUUGAAGAUUUUGGGCGAUGGGGAUGUUGACAGAGAUUUCGGCAAAGGUGUGAUAGAACACAGUUGUAUCCGUCACACAAAGAAACUCAUGACUUUAGAUCUAACAAGUUGGUUGAGCAAAAUAGAUUUGGUUUAUACGCCUGUUGAUUAUGCUGUAGAAGCUUCACUUGCAGUCAAUAUUUUGGAUGGGCCAUCUGAUUUCACCGGUAAAGUGAUUGCUUGGACUAGUGGAAAUAAGGACAAUGAGAUCGUUCUACAUGAUACCCAAGUGACAGGCUCUCCAACAAAACUUGGAGAUGAUGGAUCUAUUGAGUUAUCUCGUCAUAUAGUAGUAGUCCCAUUGGAUGAAGAGCUAGUGCUCAAUGUUAUUUUGUUUCAUGGUGAUGACCAUGAAGACGAAUGCUUUGAAUUUGUUCUUACCAACUAUGAUGAAGAAUCUAGUUUCAAAGAAGGCCGUUUUGAGCUGCAGGUGAAGGUCAUCUGGACAGGCGUAGUGAGAACGGGAGAACACAAGAUGUGGGAGAGCACAGGGAGAAAUAGAAUGUUAGUGUGAUUAAGUUUAAAAUCAUUGGAAAGAUGUUAAUAGUAACCUCUCUGGAGGAGGAAAUGUCUUUUGUUAUCAGCAUUGUAAUUAAGAUUCUGUUUUAUGUGUACUAUCUAUCUAAUAUGAAUUUGGAUCUUGGUCGUAGCUUGUGUGGUUCUUUGUGACAAGAUUCAGUUAAUGUAGUAACCGCAAUUGCACUUUCUCAA